AUGUCGUCCCGUACUCAUUAUUUCCAAACUCAACACCAAACUCAGAGCCAAGCGCCAUCGCAACCGCUUCCUCACCAGCAUCUGCGAUCUCAUCGCCAGUCACGCACUAUCGACUUCGCUUCCAAUUCCAACAUCUCGCCCGCCCUCGUCAACCGCUUCCCUUCGACAACAUCAUCAUCCGCUUCAUCGGGCUACUCCCACGCUUCGGAUCAUAGUCUCAACAGCCAAUAUACCUCUGCUUCUAGUUCGGCUGGCUACGGUGCGACAGUGCAUGGCCACAAGCGAGCCCAGAGCGAUGUCAGGGCAAGAGCGAAUAUCUUCGAGACUGGGGAAAAUAUGACCUCAAAGAAAGCUCCAGACAAUAUCUACAGCUCAGCUCGACAUUCUCUCCGCCCACUUCCGCAAGCUCCCGCAGGCACGCGGCCUGAGACACCACCACAUGCAGCACUUCGCCAUGAUCGCACUAAAAGUGUCGACAUCGGCAAGCUGUCAAUGUCCCAUAUGGAUGUCCAAACCUCACCGACAAAAGGCUCGCCGACUAAGAUGUCGACGUCGACCUCGCCAGUGAAAACAUCAUCGCCUUCUCGCCCUCUACCGAUGCGACCAAACUCUAUGCUUCUCACUCGAUCCGACUCGUUUCUACCGCAAGAGGCCACACUAUCUCCUUCGUCACCCCAUCAUCAUGUGCAUAGCACCCACAUUGCUCGGGAUGAGCUAGAAGGUCUGGGCAAGUCCUCGACAAGUCAAUUAAGGACACUCUCGCGCCUCGUUUCAUCUGAUUCACCAGAAGACUUCACCAUCACUUCGCCUACGCAGGAAGUUGUUGGGUUGCGCGGUCGACGCAGAUUACAACGAGCCGAUGGAAGCAACACCGGCCAAAGCCAAAAGAAUACUGGCUACAGCUGGGAAGGUCGCAAUUGGAUGGACAAGCAACGCCAAUUCCUCCAAGCCUACGAGUACCUUUGUCAUAUCGGUGAAGCAAAAGAAUGGAUAGAAGACGUCAUCCACAAAACUAUACCACCUAUUGUUGAGCUCGAGGAAGCACUCCGCGACGGUGUCACACUCGCAGAAGUGGUUGAGUCACUCAACCCGGACAGGCGAUACCGAAUCUUUCAACAUCCCAAGCUCCAAUACAGGCACUCUGACAAUAUCGCAAUCUUCUUCCGCUACUUGGACGAAGUAGAACUGCCUGACCUGUUCCGCUUUGAGCUGAUCGAUCUAUAUGAGAAAAAGAACAUUCCCAAAGUUAUCUAUUGUAUUCAUGCUCUGAGUUGGCUUCUCUUCCGCAAGGGAAUAGUCGACUUCCGCAUAGGCAACCUCGUCGGCCAGCUUGAGUUCGAGCACCAUGAGCUGGAAGCUAUGCAGAAGGGUCUUGAUAAACUCGGCGUAACAAUGCCUAGCUUCGGCAACAUGAGUGCUGACUUCGGUGUUCCUGAACCUGAGCCCGAGCCAGAGGAGACCGAGGAAGAGAGAAUAGACAGGGAAUUGAAAGAGAACGAAGAUUCCAUCGUCGAUAUGCAAGCUCAAAUCCGAGGUGCUCUACUUCGCGUCAAGCUUGGUGAUACCAUGCAACAGCUUUGGGACGAGGAGGAGUGGUUGAUCGACCUUCAAUCUCGCAUUCGAGGUGAUUUUACUCGACAAAUUAUGGACUAUCGACUACAGAUGAAGCGCUUUGCUAUACAACUGCAGAGCUCAGUACGUGGAUUCUUGGUUAGAAGGAGACUGGACCGCCGUGACCAGAUCUUGGAGGCCCUCGAGCCUGAUAUUUUGGAAUUGCAAACCAUGAUUCGGGCCAACAAGGUCCGAAACCAGGUACGAGACAUGACUGCUCAGCUUGCGAAGUGUAGAGGACCUGUUCGGGAGAUCCAGGCAAUCUCCAGGGGCUUCUUGGCCCGCAAGAGUCAUGUUGCGCAGUACAAAGAGACGAAAGAGUCGUCUAGUGUGGUCGAGAAACUGCAAGCAGCAGUUCGUGGCGCUAUGCUACGCGGCAAAGUCGAACAGGACCUCGAGGAUCUGGAAAUGCAAACCCCUGCGAUCGUUGACCUGCAGGCGGCGGCAAGGGCACUGCUGACUAGAAAUCAGGUUAACCGCGAGCUGCACCAUCUGAAGUCCUCUGGACCAGGUUGGGAGAAGCUCCAGGCGUUCGCUCGUGGUUUCCGCGCUCGCCAGGACGACAUGGCUCUGCGAUCUGAGCUCAACAAGCACAUUCCUGACAUCGAACAACUCCAGGCUCUCGCCCGUGGACUUGCCGCUCGCCAGAAUGACCAGGUGCUACGAGCUGAACUCAGCGAGCAUGCUCCUGCUGUAGAGCGACUCCAAGCUUUCGCCCGAGGACUCCGUGCUCGACAAGAAGACAAGGCCUUGAGAUCGGAGCUUGAUAAGCACACAACGGAUGUAGAGCAACUCCAGGCUUUCGCUCGCGCCGCAGCCGUGAGACGAGAUGUUGCCGAUACCAUUGAUGCUCUUAGGGAGAACGAACCCGCUGUGGUUGAUCUUCAGGCUCUCAUUCGGGCUAUGAUUGAACGACAGCGAGUUGGAGCUAUCCUGGAGCAACUUGAAGAGCAAGAACCCCAAGUCACAACUCUGCAAAGUAAUAUCCGAGGAUUCUUGUCCCGCCAGCAACACCAGGCCUUCCUCGAGGAGCUUGAAUCUCACACUCCCCAGAUCAUUGAACUCCAAAGCAUUCUCCGAGCCAUGAUGGAACGUGCCAGAGUUGAGGAUAUCAUGGCCGAGCUGGAGCAAGAGGAGGAAUCCAUCGUCGCUUUCCAAGCUGCAGCCCAUGGCUUCAUGGUCAGGGCCCGAUUCGAAGAGAAGAAGCGCUUCUACAACGAGAAUAUGCAGAAGGUCAUCAAGAUCCAGAGCUUUGUUCGCGCCAAGGUUCAAGGAGAGGCUUACAAGAGUUUGACCACCGGCAAGAACCCUCCUGUGAAUGCCGUCAAGAACUUUGUCCAUCUUCUCAAUGACAGCGACUUCGACUUCAACGAGGAAAUCGAGUUUGAGCGUAUCCGCAAGACUGUCGUCCAGCAAGUUCGACAAAACGAGAUGCUCGAGAACUACAUCGACCAACUUGAUAUCAAGAUCGCCCUUCUGGUCAAGAACAAGAUCACCCUGGACGAAGUCGUGAGACAUCAACACAACUAUGGAGGCAACUCCAUGCACUUCAUCGCCAACAGCUCUAUGUCCUCCGCCAACCAAUUCGAUCUCAAGGCGCUCAACAAGAGCUCGCGCAAGAAGCUCGAAUCCUACCAACAGCUCUUCUUCAAUUUGCAGACACAGCCACAAUACCUCGCCCGCCUCUUCAAGCGCGUCCGCGAGCAGGGAACCGCUGAGAAGGAGUGCAAGCGUAUCGAGCUAUUGAUGAUGAGUCUCUUUGGAUAUGCCCAAAAGCGCCGAGAGGAGUACUAUCUGCUCAAGUUGAUUGCCCGAUCCGUUCGCGAGGAGAUAUCCUGCGCACGAGAUGUCCAAGACUUUAUUCGUGGCAACUUCUUCUGGUCCAAGCUACUUAACAACUACACUCGUUCCCCCCGAGACCGCAAGUACCUUCGAGAUCUGUUGGGCCCUCUGAUCCGAGACAACAUUGUCGAGGAUCCCGCUCUCGAUCUUGAGAGUGACCCCAUGCAGAUCUACCGAUCAGCCAUCAACAAUACUGAGUUGGCCACCGGUCGACCCGACCAAAGACCACUUGAUGUUCCUCGCGAAGUUGCUAUCCGCGACCCCGAGACUCGACGCCUCUUCAUUGAUCACUUGCGUGACCUUCGAGAAAUUUGCGACCAGUUCUUUCUUGCUCUUGAGGAUUUCUUACACAAGAUGCCAUAUGGUCUUCGAUUUAUCUGCAACCAAAUUUUCGAGAACCUCCGACAACAAUUCAAGCGAGAGCCUCCAGAGAACCUGCUGCAAGUAGUUGCCAAUUGGCUUUGGCGAUUCUACUUGCAACCAGCAGUUAUUUCUCCUGAGAACGUCGGUGUGAUCGAGAAGUCGCUUAGCCCUCUUCAAAAACGAAACCUCAGCGAGGUUGCCAAGGUCAUUAGUCAAAUUGCCUCUGGACGACCUUUCGGAGGUGAGAACGUGUACUUGCAGCCAUUGAAUGCCUUUGUUGCCGAGUCCGUCGAGCGUCUCCUUCAAAUCACUGGCGACCUGAUUGCGGUGCCCGAUGCUGAAAGAACAUUCGACAUUGACGAGUUCAACGACCUCUACGCCAAGAACAAGCCAACUCUGUACAUCAAGAUGACAGAUGUCUUCUCCAUUCACAAUCUGGUUGCCGCUGAGCUUCAGACAAUGUGCCCUAACCGUGACGAUGUCCUGCGGGAAAUCAUGCACGAUCUUGGAAGUGCUAAGAGCAACGAGAACGAGAUGAACGCUGCCGGCUCUUCAGAUAUUCACAUGUUCUUGACGCCCAAACUCCACGAGACCGAUGAUCCUGAGGCUGAUGUCAAGGCGCUCUUCAUGGAGACAAAGCGUUGCGUGCUGUACAUUAUCCGUGUACAGACCGGCGCCAACCUUCUAGAAAUUCUUGUCAAGCCUAUCUCUCCAGAAGACGACCACAAGUGGCGUAUGCUUCUUCAUGACGAGUUCUCUGUUGGGAGCAACACUCGCGGUGCUUACUCCGAUGCUAAUAUGAUCGACGUAACACGCAUGUCGUACCAGGAACUCAAGCGCACAGCCCUAGAGAACAUCAUGCGUCUUGAGAAGCUGGGUCGUAUCACUAAGCACAACUACUACCAGGACGUGCUGAAUGCCAUUGCCCUUGAUAUUCGCACCAAGAGCCGCAGAAGGGUUCAGCGACAGCGAGAAUUGGAUGGUGUUCGUAUGACAUUGAGUAACUUGCACGAGAAGGCCAAGUAUCUUGAGCAACAACGCAAGAGUUACGAUGACUACAUCGAGUCAGCGAUGGCAACUCUGCAGAACAAGAAGGGCCGCAAGAAGUUCUUACUCCCCUUCACCAAGCAAUACAACCACCAGCGUGAACUGGAGCGCAGUGGCCGUGUCCCUAAAUUCGGCAGCUACAAGUACAGCGCUCGUGCUCUUUCAGAAAAGGGUGUGCUUGUCUCAUGGAGUGGCAUCAACGACUUUGAGAAGAUCAACUUGACCAUCUCAUGUGAUGAAGUUGGUGUUUUCAGCCUUGAGGGCUCGCGAGGACACAUCCAGAUCCCUGGAGCUAGUGCUUUGGUGCCCAUUGAGGACCUUCUGCAGGCACAGUUCGAGGCUCACCAAUUCAUGACUUUGUUCGAGGGUAACCUCAAGCUCAAUGUUAAUCUGCUGCUGCAUCUCCUUUACAAGAAGUUCUACCGAACUCAGUAA